AUGCUGGAUGUGCCGCUGCAAGAAUUGCGAAACUCUGCACCAAGGACGACGUUUUGUGGCCGAAUCUUCCUUCGAACCUUCCCUUCUCCCAACCAGAACUCUCAACCCCCUACACAACGCGUUCACCGUAAAGGCACUAUCGCAUCUCCAUCCCACACGUCCCCUUCAAGUACUGUACCACUCUCAGGGUUCACCAUGAUCCGCACAGUGUUCGGUCUCCUGGGCAUCUCGGCGCGAGCUGCACCAGUAAAUCUGUACAGUCUAGCGUUACAACAAAAUCUGAUGGCCUACUUCGCUGGUAGCGCUUCUACAACUGCAUAUCAGACGGCCAUGGAUGGACGCCCAGACUGA